AUGAAGAUGACGAGGAGGCGGAGGCAGAGGCAGAGGCAGAGGCAGGUGGGUGGUCGUGGCGGCCGCAGGUCAACGGUGCAAGUGAAGGUGAAGAAGCUGCAAAUGUUGAUUCCAGGAGGGAGAGGGUUGACGGCAGACCGGCUUUUUCUUCAAACCGCCGACUAUAUACUUCAGUUGAGGUUGCAAGUUAACGCUUUGCAAGCGCUUUCCAAGAUUUACAAGCUAUGA